CAUCUCCACGUUCUCCUUCCCUCCUCCCUCUGCCACCCAGGAGGUUUCCAAGGCUUUCGGGGCUGGGGACUGCUGUGCCAGCGGCUACUGACAUGAGGCUGCUCCUGAUCAUUCUGCCCUUGCUUCUCUACGCUGCUACAAAGCCUCCUCUGAUCCACUCCCGGCGGGAGAGACACGCGUGUCCCUUGGGGCAGUUUCCCUGCGGCAACCUCUCCAUCUGCCUGCCCCAGGCCCUGCACUGCAACGGGGAGGAUGACUGCGACAACGGAGCUGACGAGGAGAACUGCGUGGAUGACAGCGGCUGGCUGCAGAUCUUGGGCAACAUGCUGGCUACGAGGAGCAGCAGCAGGAUGGCGGAGGAAGAUGAGGGUGAUGCCUGCUGGCUGGAGCUCUUCCCGGAGCAAUGCCGGUGCUGGGGAAGGGCUGUAGACUGCACCGAGCGGGACCUCGCCGCUGUCCCCCGGGUCUCCUCCAACGUCACCAGGAUGGACCUGAAGAAAAAUAAAAUCCAUUCUCUGCUGGACAAUCAGUUUUCCAGGUACAAGAAUCUGCAGAAGCUGUUUUUGCAAAACAACAAAAUCCAGUUGAUCUUACCCAAAGCCUUUGCUGGACUCUCUCAGCUUAAAAUGUUGUUCCUCAGCCACAACAGGAUCACACAGCUGAAGCCCCGGGUUUUUGAGGACCUGCAUCGCCUUGAGUGGCUGAUGCUGGACAACAACAGGAUUGCCCAGGUCGUCCCUGCGACGUUUGCAGGGCUGAAGUCGCUGUAUUUCCUGUACAUGCUGAACAACUCUUUGACUCAAAUACCCAACACCUCCCUCUGCGCAGAGAUGCCGAAGCUCAGCUGGCUGGAGCUGGAAGGGAACAGGAUCCAGGCAGUGCACAGGGCUGUCUUCCAGGAGUGCCGGGACUUCACAGUGCUGAUCCUGCGCAGAAACAAGCUCAAGUGGAUCCAAGAUGGGACGUUUUCCAGGCUGAACAGACUGGUGGAGCUCGACCUGUCAUCCAACAGACUAGACCAGCUCCCCUCCUCUCUGUUUAAUGGCCUGGCUGAGCUCCAGCAGCUGAAUAUUUCCUACAACCCCUUGAAAAAGAUCCUCCCCAGCCAGUUUGAGAGCCUGCCCCACCUACGGUCUCUGAGCUUGGAAGGGCUGGAGAUCCCCAACAUCCACAACCUGACCUUCCAGAAGCUGACUAGCCUCUCCCACAUCUACUUCAAGAAGUUCCAGUACUGCAGCUACGCACCACACGUGCGCAGCUGCAAGCCCAACACCGACGGCAUCUCCUCCUUCGAGAACCUCCUUGCCAACAUCAUCCUGCGUGUCUUCGUCUGGGUCAUUGCCUGCCUUACCUGCUUCAGCAACCUCUUUGUCAUCUGCAUGCGGUCCUUCAUCGUCACGGAGAACAGCCAGCACACCAUGGCCAUCAAGUCCCUGUGCUGUGCAGAUGGCCUGAUGGGCAUCUACCUCUUUGUCAUCGGAGCCUUUGACAUCAAGUACUCGGGCGAAUACAACAAGCAUGCCCAGGGCUGGAUGGGCAGCCUCCAGUGCCAGCUGGUGGGCAGCCUGGCCAUGCUCUCCUCCGAGGUGUCAGUCCUGCUGCUGACCUACAUGACCCUGGAGAAAUACUUCUCCAUUGUUUUCCCAUUCAGCCACCACAGAGCUGGCAAGAAGCAGACCAUCUCGGUGCUAGCAGCCAUCUGGCUUCUGGGCUUCUCCCUCAGCUUCAUCCCCCUGUGGUGUAAGGAGACCUUUGGGAACUACUAUGGGAGGAACGGGGUGUGCUUCCCGCUACAGUCCGACCUGGGCGAGCGGCCCAGUGCCCGGGGCUACUCCACCACCAUCUACCUGGGCUUGAAUCUCGCAGCCUUCAUCACCAUCGUCUUUGCCUACUGCGGCAUGUUCUAUUCCAUCCACAUUACUGCGUCUAAAACAGCGGAGAGAGGCGUCUGCUCGCGGGAAGUCGCCGUUGCAAAGCGGUUCUUCUUCAUCGUCUUCACUGAUGCUCUCUGCUGGAUACCCAUCUUCCUCCUGAAGCUGCUCUCCCUGCUGCAGGUGGAAAUACCAGGCACCAUCACCUCUUGGGUGGUCAUCUUCAUCCUGCCCAUCAACAGUGCCCUGAAUCCCAUCCUCUACACCAUCACCACCGCCUCCUUCCAGGAGCAGGUGAAGGGCUGUUUGCAGACCAAGCAGCUGGAGCUGCACGCGUCCUGCAAGAGCUUUACCCUGGUGACACCGCAGGCCAACAGCACUUGACCCUUCCCCGCGGCACAAGGAUGCCCGUGGCUUCCCAGCCUGCCAGGCACUGCCUCCAGCUCCACAGCCCCACAAGAAAGCGCAUUGCUCAG